CGAUUUUUAUUUUUUUCUUCUUUCUUUCUCUCUGCAGUCGCUGUUACUUGAACCCUUACCGGAGAAUGGAGCCGCCGCAGAAGAAGGGAACAGUGACGCCUUUAGGGUCGUUAUUCUCAGAGGAGGAGGCAAGAAAGGCAGCAAGCUACGUGGAGGAGAGAAUCAGAGAGAAGAGGGAAGAGAUGAAUCGUCUUCAACAGUUCGUCGAUGAAAACGAUAAUCUCAUUAGUCUCGUCAAGAAGCUCCCCGAGAAGCUUCAUCACAACGUUAUGGUUCCCUUUGGUAAAAAAGCGUUUUUUCCAGGUCGGUUGAUUCACACCAAUGAGUGUUUGGUGUUUUUGGGAGAGAAUUAUUAUACGGACAGAACAUCGAAGCAGACAGUUGAUGUUUUGAGGAGAAGAGACAAGACUCUACAGUCUCAAAUUCAUUCUAUUAAAGCUGAGAUUGAUGAUUUUCAAACGGAGGCUUCCUUUUUUGCUAAUACUGCUUCAGAAGUAGCGGAAGGACUUCUUGAGAUAAGAGAAGAGUAUGAAGAUGAAGAAGAAGAAGUUUCUUCAGCAACUGUGCCUCAGCCAGGUGUUAAGAAAGAGAGUUCUGGUUUUUCUGGAGAGGAGACUGCAGAAGGUGAAGUUGAAGAUGAUGAAUUUGCUCGGAUCAUGUCCAAGUUGAAUGAACUUGAAAUGGAAGAAGAACAGGAGGAUGAAGAUGGGGAGGAUAAAAGUGAGGAACAUGACUCUCCUGUAGAAAGUGUGGAGGAUAUGGUGAAGGGUCUUGGAGAUGAAACAAAGACACAAGAAACCACCGUAUCUGUUCUUGAGAAGGUGUCAGGCCAUAGCUCUUCUGUUGGUGAACCGAGAUAUUCAGAGACAAGAGUCAAAGCAAAAGCUAUUCAUGUAUUACCAGAGACACAGCCACACAAAGAUACAUCUGAUCCGUCGACAUGUAUUGGACCGAAGCCACAAUAUAUCAAAAAAGAAGAUCAAUCGCGUGGUGGAAUACCUCAGCAAAACGCUGAAACAUGGAGAGACUUUCAAGCAACCUCCGCUGUCUCCAGAGUAAAAGUAAGUUCCAGUGUUGUAGGUCCACAAAAGAUUGAGUCUAUACAGAAACCGGAGGCCAAGUUUGAUACUAACAAGGCUUUUACUGGAUCGAUCGUGGAACACACCCAUAAUAUGCAGCAGCCUUCAGGGUUUCAGCCACCAAAACCAGUCUCAAGAUUCAGGGCACAGAGAAGGUAGCAAGGAGUGUGGCCUAUCCACAAUUUUGUUUGGUUUGUCUUCUGAUAUGUAAGAAGUAAGAACACAUGCAUGUGUGUGUGCGUCUUAUAUACAGUUAACUAGCCAAAUCUAUAUCAGGAAGUUUGAAACUUGACUCUGUCUUCAAGGUCUGUUUGAAAGUGUGUAAUCAGUCGCUUUGUGAGAGAAAAAUUUGAAAGAAAAGUUACAGUCG